CAAAAAAUCCGAUAUCCUCAAUUGAUUGAUUUUUCCUCUUAUAAAUAUAUUAGGGAGAAAAUAAUUAUCCUAAUAGUCCCAUUUUGCCCCACCUGUUAAUUCUGUGAUGGCGAAUGGAAAAUUGUCGAGAUCUCUCUAUAUUUCGCAAUAUUUACGACAAUUUGGGAUUUUCGUAUGGAAUCCGAGAUUAUUGCAGUUUUUUAGUGGAAGAGAGUCGAAGAAUUUUGAAUUAUGAAGUUCCAGUGGUUCGAAUGACAUUUUUACUUCACUUUAUUUCGGAGAGAUGGAUAACUCAGGAUCAUUUGUAAAUAUUCAUUGAAUUCUGUGACAUGUCAUUUUUUUUUUGCGAGAUUUACGCAAUGUUUUCGCAGUGAGAAAUAAAGUGAGAUUAUUACCUGAGAGAUGACGGAGAGCAAUAGACAAUUCAGUAAAUACCUGAGAAGAUCUGUGAGGUCUCUUAAAACCAAUGUUUUAGAAUGUGGAAUAUGCGAGGAGGUGUUCUGCAUCGAAGGUGACAAAGUGCCACGACUUCUGCAAUGUGGACACACGGUUUGUCAUUCUUGUUUACUUCGUCUCCAGCCCUGCAUAUCAGAAGUGCAAUUCCUCUUCUGUCCAUUCGAUCGUCAGCCCACAGAAGUGACGAGUCGCGAAGGCGUUCACAGUUUGAAGAAAAAUUUUGCCCUAAUCGAGCUCCUGGAGCGCCUGGAGCAAUCGAGAAAUGAAAAUUCGUCGACCCUCGAGAGGGAGAGACUCCAGUCAACGCAACCCUGUGACGAGGAUGAUUCCCAUUUUGCUGUUAUUUAUUGCACCGUGUGCUCCACACAUCUCUGUGAAGCCUGUGACACUCUAACGCACUCGUCGAAGACCCUGGGAAAGCACAGGAGAAUUCCAUUAUCCGAGAAGCCAAAGGAGAAGCCAAAAUGUCCAAUUCACACGAAUCACAUUGCUGAAUUCACUUGCAUCCAGGAGGGCUGUGAAAAUGCUCUCAUGUGUUACCUCUGCAAGGAUUACGGACGUCAUAGUGCUCACAAAUUAGCACUAGUUGAGAUUGAAGCUGAAAGCCUGAGGAAAUCGAUAGUUCUGGCACUUCAAAAGAUGACACAAUUUAUGGAAAGCAUGAAGGACACUUCACAUCGCAUUGAGGUGGUGAUUCAGGAGCUGGAGGGUUGGGCUAUUGAAGAUGCUAGGUACAGAGUGGAACAUCAUUUUGAUGAGUUACGACUUCAGCUGGCAGAGCAGGAAAAAAAUGCACUGACAUGUGUCGACGACGAGAUGAAGGGGAGACAAGCAGCUUUGAGACAGCAAUUGCAGGAUUUGACGUCCACCAGAUCCCAAGUGGCUGAUGUUUGCAUUCAGUGUGAGAAUAUAUUGGAUAAUGAGGACUGGAAAUUACUGAGUGGAGCUGAGAAGGUGCAGGAAGUGCUGGGAUCUCUGGAGCAGCAGCAGCAAAAAUAUGCACAGCUGGGGCCUGAUUUUUUGACUCCUGAAGCUUCCAUUCCCAUUAUUUUUAGUCGGGACAAUCGUGUUCAUAUACAAAAGAAAAUUUAUAUGAGAGUGGUGAUUCUGGGUCUCGAUGGCGCUGGCAAAACGAGUAUUUUGUCAGCCAUGAAAGGAAUUACUCUCACUAAUCCACCGAUUUCCACAAUUGGAUUCAACGUGGAAAGUCUAGAAUACGAGAAUUUGGUGAUAACUCUCUGGGAUGUGGGUGGACAGCACAAGUUUCGUCCACUCUGGAAACAUUAUUAUCAUAAUGCACAGGCAGUGAUAUUCGUGGUGGAUGCAAGCGACAGAUCGAGAUUCGAGGAGGCGCAGAAUGAACUCGCGAAAAUAGUGAGUGAACGGCACUUGAGGGACGCAGUCGUUCUAAUUUACGCUAAUAAGCAGGACGUAGAGGGAUCUGCAAGCAUUGAAGAGCUGACAGACAUUUUAUCACUUCAAAAAUUGUGCUGUGGCAGGGCCUGGCACAUCGAGGGCUCAUCUCCAUUGACUGAUGCAAACACAUCGACCCAGGGACUUCAAUGGUUGACCCAACAACUCGGUGCGCAUGGUUACACUGAAUUAAAUUUAAGAGAAAAAAAUGUAAAAUUUUAAAACGAUUAAUUCCCCUGUUCCCAUUCCCUCUCUGUAAGGAUUCGAAAGAAAAACAAAUCGAGCACGUCUAGAAAAUUCUUAUUAAUUUAUUACAUUGUUAUUGGCGUUUGUGUUUUCAAUGUUUAUCAUCUUUAAUUUAUUCUGAUAAAAUUAUUCAAUAAUUAUCACUCAGUCAUAUUCAAACACACACCCAAUCACUUACCGUCAUAUAAAUUUCUACGUAGAUGAGGAAAGAACGUUCGACUGCAAAUCAUAA